AUGACAGACUUGAGCGCACCAAAUCUCUUUUCAGUUAAGGGCAAGGUCGCCCUAGUGACCGGAGGAGGAACUGGCAUUGGAAAUAUGAUCGCUAAGGCACUUGUGCGUAAUGGUGCUAAAGUUUACAUCGCAUCUCGGAAAAUAGAUAAUUUAGAAAAGGGUUUCUUUACGUUAACAGCUGCAUCAGAAUUAAAUGCUCUCGGACCAGGAACCUGUGUUGCUAUUCAAGCAAACCUAAACACAAAGGCUGCAUGUGAACAGUUGGCUGCCGACAUUAGUUCUCGAGAAGAUAAACUUCAUAUCCUAGUAAACAAUUCUGGAGCAACUUGGGCUGCUCCACUGGAGGAUAUACCUACGAGCGCUUGGGAUCGCGUGAUGAAGUUGAAUGUCUAUGCUGUUUAUUAUUUAACCAUGGCAUGUCUGCCGCUUCUCACGAAAGCAAGCCAAGGGCCAAAGGAUCCUGCGAGAGUUCUUAUUAUCGGGAGUGUGGGAGGUCUCGUUGCAACAGAGUUGAAGAGUAUUAAAAAAAACGGCAAUUACAGUAUCAUGGCUUAUAAUACCUCAAAGGCGGCCGUCCAUCAUAUGGGCAAGGCUUUAGCAGCUCAUUUAACUUCCCGCGGUAUAAAUGUGAAUGUGAUUGCCCCAGGCGUUUUCCCGACAAUAAUGUCCAAACACCAAGACGAAAAGGGUUCAAUCGAAGAGACCCCAAUGGGUCGAUUGGGAAUCGAAUCGGAUCUUGCAGGUACGGCCUUGUAUCUCUCUUCUACCGCCGGAGCAUAUGUUUCCGGUGCUGUCAUUCCAGUUGAUGGCGGACUAUCGCUGGGAAGUGGUGGAUCGCCCCAGAGCCAAGUAACCUCAAAAAUUUAA